AUGGGCAAACGGAAAUCUGCUCCCUUCAGUGGGCAACAAAAUGUUUCUACCUUUCAAACAGUACCUAAUUUUCCAACAUUUUUCAUUAUCAAAAGAUCCUCUGCUACUAAUGAUACAUUCCAUUCUGUCUCUCCCUUUCUUGUUGAAAGAGGUAUAACUGGCAAUAUUGGUGAAGUUAAAAGUAUUAAAAAACUUCGAUCUGGCGAUUUGCUGAUAGAAGUACAAUCCCGUAAACAAUUUGUACAAAUGAUGAAAUUAAAAUCAUUGGAAAAUAUACCAGUCAUUGUUUCUCCACAUUCUUCAUUGAACUCCUCCAGAGGUGUUAUUACUUGCGGGGAGCUGUUCAAUGUACCCAUAGAAGAAAUAUCUAAAGAGUUGCAAGGACAAGGGGUUAGCCAUGUACGGCGUAUCUCUAUACGGAGGGAUGGCCCGCUCCUAAAUACCAAGCAUCUGAUUCUUACAUUUAAUUUUUCCAAAUUACCCGAGUAUAUUAAGGCAGAGUACAUGCGCCUGUUGGUUCGACCAUAUAUUCCGAACCCACUUCGUUGUUAUAAGUGCCAACGGUUCGGACAUUCAAGAACUUCUUGCCGCGGGACUCUAACUUGCGCCCGCUGUGCGGAAGCAGGUCACGAUAGUACGGAAUGCACAUCUACGGAAAAAUGCUUUAAUUGCAAAGCUCGUAAAAUUGUUAAAUCUCAAACUCCGGUUUCUGGUUCUAGCUACUCUUCUGUGAUCAAAAAACAAUCUGCAACUGAUAUGACUCAAAACAAUGGAAACAACAUACUUAUAGAUAAUACUCCCGAAUCCACUGUUGUAACGUCAUUGCCAGUUGCUCUAAAUAGUAAAAUUGUUUCUCAGCCAACUGGUCAUGAAUAUGAUAAAAUGGACGAAGCCAACUCUAUGCUUGAAACUAUGUCCACAGAUAAACCCAAUCAAAACACUGAUAGCGAAAAAGAAUCGGAUAAUGCAAUAGUAUAUAAUCCUCAUGAAACAAUUGAUGAAACACCACCUGCUCCGGAACAUUCUACCGAUUCCACCACAGUGGACAAACCUGUUUUUAGACUAAGUCUUCAAAAAAGUAUGGUUGAAUGGGUUGACCCAAAAAAAUUUUACAAUCAACCUUCAAAUACACCAAUUCACAAGAAAUACUUGAAGAGACAUCGAUUAAAAAGGUUACAAUGA